AGUCACUUUUACAUUUUCCAGAACUUUUUUUAGCAGGAUUUCAGUGUGAAGUUGUCGUCCCCCAUUUUGGUUGCUAUGAGGAUGGCAAUGUUGUGGUUUCUGGUGCUUGUAGGCUGCCUUCACUCGUCUCCAAUUCCCCAAUCAGAUGAUACCUCCUCUCCACCUUCAAUCGGACGAACCCUUCUUCAGCUUAAGAAACCAUGCCCUGUAAACUUCGAGUUUAUGAAUUACACAAUCAUCACUAGCCGUUGCAGAGGACCACGCUACCCUGCUGAUCUCUGUUGCCCAGCUUUCAAAGAGUUUGCUUGUCCUUAUUCACGUGAAUUGAACGAUCUGUCAAACGAUUGUUCAACGAUAAUGUUUAGCUACAUCAACCACUAUGGGAAUUAUCCACCUGGUGUGUUUUCGAGCUUGUGUCACGACGAUGAUGUUGGGCUUGUUUGUGACUCGGUGCCACCUGGACCGGCCACGGGUGGGGUGGCAGAUGAUUCUGGUGUUGGUCGGAUUAUCCGUAACGGGUACUUGCAACUAGUUGUAACUACAUGUUUUCAGGUCUUGUUGUUCUGGUGGAUUUGAAGGAAAGAGUUUGAUGAUUUAACGGGUAUCAAUUGUUUUAAUAAUAAGUAAAUUCGAAUAAUAAGUAGUUAAAUUUUAACUAGUCGAAACGGGUUGUUUUAACGAGUAUCAAUUGUUUUUGGUUAA